GAUCUGAAGCCAGGAGCUUCUUCCGGGUCUCCCACGUGGGUGCAGGGGCCCAAGGACUUGGGCCGUCUUCCACUGCUUUCCCAGGCACAUCUCCAGGGAGCUGGAUGGGAAGUGGAGCAGCCGGGACGUGAACUGGUGCCCGUAUGGGGUGCCGGCACUGCAGGAGAAGACUUUGCCGUCUGUGCUGAGCUUCGGCCCCAUCUCCGUUUUCUCUUGGAUCCUGCACACCAUCCAUAGCCACCACCAACCUGCCUGGUCCCUACUGAGAGCCCACGUAACAGUGAUAGAGACCAGAUUUAUUAAGAGCUCUUCUGAAUUCAUGGUGUUUCGUUAUAAAUCCGACUGAGAUAUCAGAACCUCUUAGAUUAUUUUUACUGGACCAGAAGAAUGACAUCUAUUAUCAAAUUAACUACCCUCUCUGGGGUCCAAGAAGAGUCUGCUCUUUGCUAUCUUCUCCAAGUUGAUGAGUUUAGAUUUUUGCUGGACUGUGGCUGGGAUGAACACUUCUCGAUGGAUAUUAUAGAUUCCUUGAGGAAGCAUGUUCACCAGAUCGACGCGGUGCUGCUGUCCCACCCGGAUCCUCUCCAUCUUGGGGCCCUCCCGUAUGCUGUGGGCAAGCUGGGGCUGAACUGCGCCAUCUACGCCACCAUCCCUGUGUAUAAAAUGGGACAGAUGUUCAUGUAUGAUCUCUACCAGUCUCGGCACAAUACCGAAGAUUUUACGCUUUUUACGUUAGAUGAUGUGGAUGCAGCCUUUGACAAAAUACAGCAGCUAAAAUUCUCUCAGAUUGUGAAUUUGAAAGGUAAAGGACACGGUUUGUCUAUCACACCUCUGCCAGCCGGUCAUAUGAUAGGCGGAACAAUAUGGAAAAUAGUCAAAGAUGGAGAGGAGGAGAUUGUGUAUGCUGUUGACUUCAACCACAAGAGGGAGAUCCACUUAAACGGAUGCUCCCUGGAAAUGCUAAGCAGACCCUCCCUACUUAUCACAGAUUCGUUUAAUGCUACGUAUGUGCAGCCCAGAAGAAAACAGAGAGAUGAGCAGCUCCUGACGAAUGUCCUGGAAACACUGCGAGGUGAUGGAAAUGUGUUAAUAGCAGUGGAUACUGCAGGCCGGGUUUUAGAACUUGCUCAGCUUCUGGAUCAGAUCUGGAGAACUAAAGACGCAGGCUUGGGUGUUUACUCACUGGCACUCCUAAAUAAUGUCAGUUAUAACGUGGUGGAGUUUUCUAAGUCCCAGGUAGAAUGGAUGAGUGAUAAAUUGAUGAGAUGUUUUGAAGACAAAAGAAAUAAUCCAUUUCAGUUUCGCCAUCUUUCUUUAUGCCAUGGUCUUUCUGACUUGGCGCGAGUUCCUAGCCCCAAAGUUGUGCUUGCCAGCCAGCCCGACCUGGAGUGUGGAUUCUCAAGGGAUCUCUUUAUUCAGUGGUGUCAGGACCCUAAGAACUCCAUCAUUCUAACUUACAGAACUACUCCUGGCACCUUAGCACGUUUCCUAAUUGACAAUCCUUCAGAAAAAGUUACAGAAAUAGAGUUGCGGAAACGCGUGAAGCUGGAAGGGAAAGAACUUGAAGAAUACUUGGAGAAAGAGAAACUGAAGAAAGAAGCUGCUAAAAAGCUGGAGCAAUCCAAAGAGGCAGACAUAGACUCCAGUGACGAGAGUGACGUGGAGGAGGACAUCGACCAGCCGUCGGCUCACAAGAUGAAGCACGACCUGAUGAUGAAGGGGGAGGGGAGUCGGAAAGGAAGCUUCUUCAAACAGGCAAAGAAGUCCUACCCCAUGUUCCCUGCUCCCGAAGAGAGAAUUAAGUGGGAUGAGUAUGGCGAAAUUAUCAAACCAGAGGAUUUCUUAGUGCCAGAACUUCAAGCAACUGAGGAAGAGAAAAGCAAAUUAGAAUCUGGUUUGACAAAUGGAGAUGAACCCAUGGAUCAGGACUUGUCUGAUGUUCCUACUAAGUGUAUUUCCACAACAGAGUCCAUUGAAAUAAAAGCCAGAGUCACCUACAUAGACUACGAAGGCCGCUCUGACGGGGAUUCCAUCAAGAAAAUCAUUAACCAGAUGAAGCCCCGGCAGCUGAUCAUCGUCCACGGGCCCCCGGAGGCCAGCCAGGACCUGGCCGAGUGCUGCCGCGCGUUUGGCGGGAAGGAUAUCAAAGUGUACAUGCCGAAGCUCCAUGAAACCGUGGAUGCCACCAGUGAAACACACAUCUACCAGGUGAGGUUAAAAGACUCCCUCGUCAGCUCGCUUCAGUUUUGUAAGGCCAAAGACGCAGAGUUGGCCUGGAUAGACGGUGUGCUGGACAUGAGAGUUUCCAAGGUGGACACGGGAGUUAUUCUGGAAGAAGGGGAGCUGAAGGACGACGGAGAGGACGCCGAGAUGCAGGUGGACGCCCCUUCCGACUCCAGCGUGAUCGCGCAGCAGAAGGCCAUGAAGAGCCUGUUCGGGGAUGACGAGAAGGAAGCGGGGGAGGAGAGUGAGAUCAUCCCCACUCUGGAGCCCCUGCCGCCUCACGAGGUUCCAGGACAUCAGUCAGUUUUCAUGAAUGAACCAAGGCUCUCAGACUUCAAGCAAGUCCUUUUACGGGAGGGAAUUCAAGCUGAGUUUGUCGGAGGUGUACUUGUUUGCAACAACCAAGUAGCAGUCCGAAGAACGGAGACUGGACGCAUCGGACUAGAAGGCUGCCUUUGCCAAGACUUCUACAGGAUAAGAGACCUGUUGUACGAACAGUACGCCAUCGUGUGAAGGACGCGUGCCGGGGAGCGUCUGCCGGCCUUCCCCAGAGAGAGGCUCCUCUGCUCCAAGCUGUGGCUGCUUUGUUUCGUGACAUACAGAAAGAAUCUGCCAGGAAAACUGAACGCGUAUUAAAUUUUUUCAAAAAUGUAAAUAGAGCUCACUUUGUUAACGCUCAGCGGGGCGUUCUCCCCUUCGGCUUUCAGAGCGCUGAAGUCCUGGACAGGUCCGAGAGCCGACGGCGACAGCUUCCUGCACACCGCCCUUAUCGGGAAGGGUUUUUUACUUGAAUAAAACAAUGCAACUUAGCCAACCAGUUCAUGGCCUUAGAGAAACACGUUUGCGUGAAUUCUUGCGAACUGUUUCUUGUAUCUUCUGGAAUGAAAAGUGAGACUUACGUAUAAAAGAUAUGCUACAGAAAAAGAAAAAAAAAAAACCACCAAAACUGAGAAAACAGUUUUUGAAGUUUAGGUAUUUAGAAAACACAGCACCCACGUUACAGCUCUGAGUUCUGAGAUGCAGGCUUUGCACACGGAGUCUCUGUGUUUUCCGGUCAUUUACUCUCAUGUGAGGUUGUACACAUUUGUGUAGAAAUCAAUUUUUAUUUCUCCCAUUUCUUACUACAUCAAGACCUUAUCACUCAGUUUGAAUUACAACGCUCAUUUGGCCAUGCAUAUGUAGUACGUAAUUCAAAAUAACUGCUUGGUGUGACACUGUUCAGUGCUCUGUUUUUAAGAAAACAAAUGUUGAGCCUCACUGUUUUAUAAGGUGAUGGUGUAACUGAAUUACAAAGCGUAAAUGUUUCCAUCUUUGGCUUGCUCUCUCCUAACGUACCCGAGUAGCGGUUGGAUUUUACACAGAUUACUCAGAAUAAUGCUCAUCGUGAGGACUUCCUUUCUGUGUUGCUGACUUUCCUGGUGAACUAUAAACCACUAUUUCCCAAGUGAAAACCGAAAACCUGCAACUUUCACCAAAACCUAAGCAGUGCGAAAACUAGGUCACCUGUUGUCAUCUCAUGAUGCUAGCUUUCUUAGGAAGCAGUUUAAUCAUGGCAGACUUCCGUGCUUAUUCCUAAGUGACGUCAGCCCUGCUCUUCACGCUCGGUGUUGUUAGCAGCGGUGACUGGUCUUGCCUAACUUUAUGGGGCUGUGUACCUCAUACCAGCUGGUGUCAGAUUAGAAUUAAUAUUUCACUAUUUCAAACACUUCUUGUGGAGUAUAAUGCUAAUGUAGGGUUCCAGCCUUCUGAUACGGAAAACCAGAUGCACAAAACAAUGUUGGUGGUGAAUAUAGAGUAUGGCUUCUUUUUAGCGCAUUAAAAAUUUGUCACUUAAAAAAAAAAACUCUUCUUGCUGAAUCAGGUGAGCCUAUAAUUCUGUUUAUAUCCAGGGGAAAGAAGCUCUGCACUUGUUUCCUGGAUUAAAGCAUCUAAUUAUACAUCUUAUAUCGUAAUAUUGUUCUUGAAAAAGUGUUUCUUGGCUAGCCUUUUUAUUGUCCUAUGAACAGGCGUUAAAUUUUGAAGUACUGCUUGAAGAUGACUGUACUAAAUAAUGUCAUUGGAAGAGCAAUACUUUUACCUGUUUCCAAUUGACAAGUGUUACUAAAAUUUCUAGGACUUGUUUAGCCUCAGUUACUUAGGAAAAAUACAUAAGUGACUGAGAUAAAUCGGGAACUUGGAGAAAUUUCUAGACCUUUAUUAGAAGAAUAAAUACAGCUUGGACUAUCAGCCAGCAUCUGCAAAUAAUUUAAAUAAUUUGAUUAAAAAUAAAUUAUUAUUUUUUGCAUCAGGAUUAUAAAUGUCAAAUAUUGGGGUCAUGUCCCCAGUAGUGUAGGUGGCCUGAAAGAGAGGAAGUCAAUUUUCUGAAGAGAGCCAUUUGCUUCUUUUUUCUUCUUUUUUUUUUUUUUACUUUGAGAUACAAUUCACAUAGUGUACAGUUGGCUGGCGUUGGUGUAUUCACAGAGUUGUGCAACCAUCGCCACUGUCUAAUGCCAGAACCUCAUCACCCCACAGAAAGGAACACCAUACCCAUCACAGCCAUCGCCUCACUGAGAGUCAUGACGAUUUAUACUUUUUCUGUGCGUCUCAGAGUUUCACCUAAGGGCGGGGUCCACCUUCAUUUUUCGGUGUGUGGACACCCAGUGAUCCCGCACCGUUUGUUGUAAAGAGCGCUGCUUCCUGGAAUUGUGUUGCCACCCUUGUUGAAGCUUGUUCUCCAUGAAUGUGCGAGUUUGUUCCUGGGCUCUCGUUCUCCUCAUGGAUCCGUAUCUCUGUCUGUAGUACCACACUGUCUUGGUUACUUUGUAGUGCUAAGUUUUUGAAAUCAGGAUGUGAGAGUUCCCCAACUGUUUUCUCUUGAGCUUGUUUGGGGUCCUUGCAUAUCUGCAUGAGUUUUACCAGUUUCUUCCCAAAAGGCCCAUUCACAUUUAAUAGGAAAAAAACAAAAAGUUAAGAUUUACAACUUAAAAUCUUAAAAUGUUAUGGCUAACCGGGGCUAAAAAGCCAUCUGGUUCCAGCCACUGACUUUAGCAUUGAACGAGUGGGCCUGUGAAAGGGAGAGGGUUUGCCUGGGAGCCAUGUGGCUGGUUCAGGCAGAGCUGGGACUGGAACUGAGCCCCGGGGAAGCCAGCGUUGUCUACACUGCUGUGUGGCUUCUGAUCACUUCACCCAGCAACAGUAAGUUCAGUUCAUGUAAGUGAUGAGUACCCACGCUGAGGGUACGCACGUGCUGAGACAGACUGAUUUCCAUCUCACUCCAUGGACAGGAGAGGUGGGAGGGGAAGGAGGGGACGUCCCCUGCAGUCGUCUUUGGCUGUGAGGUUCUAGUUUUACCCCAAGGUUACUGUCCUUCAAAUAUCGGUGAACUGAUAAAGACAAAGGAUGCAGACAGUGUUAGUGGUUCAGUGAUGUGACGGAGAGAGUCUGUUUCAGGGGUGACGAUGGGGUGAGUGCAGCAUCAAUGUGUAAAUGAAGAUGCAGAGGGAACUAGAGCAGGGACCUUCCGAGAUGCCCACUUGGGCAUAUCGCUCCCCCACCCCCACCUCUUCUGCUUAUCUGUUACCUGUUUCAGUUGAGCUUAUCUGAAAAUACCCAAAAUUAAAAAAAAAAAAAAAAAAAAAAAAGCUCAGGACUUUGAUGGAAGUGAAGUUAUGCAAUUUGCUUUUCCUGCUUCUGUUUCUCUUCUCUCCCUCCCACCACGUUUGCACACAGCUCUGUGUGUGUGUGUGUGUGUGUGUUUUCCGUUGCGUUUUUCACUCAUUGCUAGGGCCCAUUUUAAUUUAGCUCUUUUGAAGUCAAAAUGUGAUGCCCAAGGGCAGGAUAGAACUUGGAGAGUUUUAAGUCUUUCUUCGUUGGAGUCGAGAACCAAUCGUGUGUCCUUUUUUUGUGAAAUUGUUAAUGGGUUCCACGGAUCUUGUUCCAGUUUUUGAUACUGAGCAAACAUCUCAAGCGGAUAUACAAAGGAUUUAUGAGGGCUCACUACAUUGUUUUCUGAGCUUGUGUUGACUGUAGUGCUUAAUAUCCAGUUUAUCAUAUGUAUUUUUUUUUUUCCUGACACGGGUUCGUGUUUUUUUUAAGUACUAAUUGAUCAUUUAAAAGUAGCGAAGUCCUUCAAAGUUCAAAGCACUGUGGGAAGGGUGCUCUGUUGCCCUUGCUUUAAAUAUUUUCAGAAUUCUAUUUUUCUUCAAAUCCUUUUGCCAAGCUUAUUAGAAAUGUAAAUUGUUUUAGAAACAUAUUGUAGUCUUGGCUUAUCAUGGUGUGGUGUUACUACUUGACUGUAAAUGUCCAAAAGAAGAAAGUGAUUUAAAAGAAAAUAAACUUUUCUCUUAGCAUAGUCCUUGCCAUCCUAGGCAGUUUCUUCUUAUAUUGAAAGGAUCUGUCGGGAGUGGGCAUUAGCUUUGUGGUUAGGCUGCAGUGCCUGCGUUCAUUCCCAGCCCUGGCUCCGGACUCCAUGAAGCAGUGGGGAUGGUCCAAGUCGCUGGGUUCCUGCCUCCUAUGUGGGAGGCCUGGAUAGAGUUCUCAGCUCCUGGCUGUGGCUCCAUCCUGGCCUGGGACCACUGUGGUGUUUGCGGAGUGAACCAGCAGAUGGGAAUUCUGUCUUGUUCUUUCUGUUUAUUUGCCCUUCAAAUAAAUAAAUUGUAAAAAAAGAAAUUUUUUUAACAAAAUGAUCUGUUCAAUACCAAACUGUGAAUAAAAGUCGUGGGAUGCAUACCAGAACUUAAAAAGGUGCUAUAAUUUCCAGCUUUGGGGCCGUCAUGGUGGUGUAGCAGAUAAAGCCGCCGCCUGCAGUGCUGGCAUCCGUAUGGGCACUGGUUCGAGACCCGGCUGCUCUCUUCCAAUCCAGCUCUGCUAUGGCCUGGGAAAGCAGUAGAAGAUGGCCCAAGUCCUUGGGCCCCUGCACCCGCGUGGGAGACGCAGAGGAAGCUCCUGGCUCCUGGCUUAGGAUAGGCGCAGCUCCAGCCAUUGCGGCCAAUUCAGGAGUGAACCAUCAGAUGGAAGACCUCUCUCUCUCUCUCUCUCUCUCUCUCUCUCUCUAACUUUGACUUUCAAGUAAAAUAAAUAUUUUUUUAAAAUUUCAGCUUUAUCUACUGGGCAUGGCAUUUAAGUAUCAAAGUGUGUAAAUGUCUAAAGAGGUUGUUUAAGACUUUUCAUUUAUAAGAGAAAACAAAUUACUAUCCCGUAUGUCUACAAUUUACAUUCUCGAAGUUUUUUGUUCUCAUAUAUUGUAUAUGCUUCUACCUACCCCUGUGAGAUAAGUUUGCAGGAAGAAAAAAGUAUAUUUAAUGAGAAUUUGGGAUGUUGCACAUCUUAAAUUACUAGGCAGAAUUUUAUAUUUGUAUUGCUGCCAUUAGGAAAAACUUCCACAUUCAUUUCAAUUAUUCUUUUGUAUACUUUGUACCUAAGAUGAUGAGACCAUUAAAUACAGAUUUUUCUAGUAGUACAGAAGCCAUUAUAAUAAAUUCCUAAUAGCUGAA